UUGCCAUUUUGGCAGUCAAAGGGGAAAGAAAAGUCUCGGUAGAGGGCAGCGAGAGAGCUAUAGGUGCAAUGAAAGUCAUGCCACUUGCAGUUUACCUGUAAUAAUUGAGUUCACAAACUGAUCAAUUACUGCAAAUCCAGACCCAAGCUUUUGAAUAUAUCAGUCACUUUGGACUGCCCAAUAUAUUCAAAUAGCUUUAUACUUUUGUGUUACAAUUCCAUUACUCUAAGAGUACUUUCUCCACUAUAUGUUAUAGUGAAUUCCAACGUAUGGCAGAAGCUUUCCUUCAAGUUUUACUAGACAAUCUGACUUCUUUUAUCCAAGGGGAACUUGUAUUGAUUUUCGGUUUUGAAAAUGAGUUCAAAAAGCUUUCGAGCACGUUUUCUACGAUCCAAGUUGUGCUUGAAGAUGCUUUGGAGAAGCAAUUGAAGGACGAGGCAAUAGAGAAUUGGUUGCAGAAACUCAAUGCUGCUGCAUAUGAAGUCGAUGACAUAUUGGACAAAUGUAAAACUGAGGCAGCAAGAUUUAAUCAGUCUCUAUUAGGGUGUAUUCGUCCAAAUAUUAUCACUUUCCGUUACAAGGUUGGAAAAAGAAUGAAAGGAAUUAUGGAGAAACUAGAUGCAAUUGCUGAGGAAAGAAGGAAAUUCCAUUUGCGCGAAAAGAUUGCGGAGAAACAAGCUGCUACACGUGAAACAGGUUUUGUUUUAGCGGAACCACAAGUCUAUGGAAGGGACAAAGAGGAGGACGAGAUAGUGAAAAUCCUGAUAAAAAAUGUUAAUAAUGCCCAAGACCUUCCGGUGCUCCCAAUACUUGGUAUGGGGGGACUAGGAAAGACGACAGUUGCGCAAAUGGUUUUCAAUAAUCAGAGAGUGAUUGAGCAUUUCAAUCUAAAGAUAUGGGUUUGUGUCUCAGAUGAUUUUGAUGAGAAAAGGUUGAUAAAGGCAAUUGUAGAAUCUAUUGAAGGAAGGCCUAUUGGUGACAUGGACUUGGCUCCCCUCCAAAAGAAGCUUCAAGAGUUGUUGAAUGGAAAAAGAUACUUGCUUGUUUUAGAUGAUGUUUGGAAUGAUGAUCAAGAAAAGUGGGCUAAGUUAAAAGCAGUCUUAAAGGUUGGAGCUAGAGGUGCUUCUGUUCUAGCCACUACUCGUCUUAGAAAGGUUGGAUCAAUUAUGGGAACUUUGCAACCAUAUCAGUUAUCAAAUUUGUCUCAAGAAGAUUGUUGGUUGUCGUUUAUGCAACGUGCAUUUGGGUACCAAAAGGAAACAAACCCCGACCUUAUGGCCAUUGGAAAGGAGAUUGUGAAUAAAUGUGGGGGUGUGCCUCUAGCAGCCAAUACUCUUGGAGGUCUUUUACGCUUCAAGAGAGAAAAAAGCGAAUGGGAACAUGUGAGAGACAAUGAGAUUUGGAGUUUACCGCAAGAUGAAACUUCAAUAUUGGGUGCUUUGAGACUGAGUUAUCAUCACCUUCCACUUGAUUUGAGGCAAUGUUUUGCUUUCUGUGCAGUAUUCCCAAAAGACACUAAAAUGGAAAAGAAAAAUCUCAUCACUCUCUGGAUGGAACAUGGUUUUAUUUUAUCAAAAGGAAAUUUGGAGCUAGAGGAUGUGGGUAAUGAAGUAUGGAAAGAACUAUACUUGAGGUCUUUCUUCCAAGAGGUCGAAGAAGAUAAAUUUGGUAAUACUUAUUUCAAGAUGCAUGAUCUCAUCCACGAUUUGGCUACUUCUCUGUUCUCAACAAACACAAGGAGCAGCAAAAUUCGUCAAGUAAGAGUAGCAGAGAAAAAUAUCAUGUCCAUUGGUUUUGCUGAAGAGGUGCCUUCUUACUCUCCUUUGCUCUUGAAAAGGUUUGCCUCGCUAAGGGUUCUUGAUAUGAAAUUUUCAAAGGUGGAGCAGUUAUCAUCUUCCAUCGGAGAUCUAAUACAUUUAAGGUUGUUGAACUUGUUUGGCAGUAGCAUCCGUAGCCUUCCAAAGAGGUUAUGCAAGCUUCAAAAUCUGCAGACUCUCGAUCUAUCAUGUUGUAUCUCACUUUCCUAUUUGCCAAAACAAACAAGUACACUACGGAGUCUUAGAAAUCUCCUGUUCAAGUGUUGUCUACUGACGUCUAUGCCACCAAGAAUAGGAUCAUUGACAUGCCUUAAGACACUAGAGUGCUUUGUUGUGGGUCAGAGGAAAGGUUAUCUACUUGGCGAACUACGAAACCUAAACCUACAUGGCUCACUUUCAAUCACACACCUUGAGAGAGUGAAGAAUGAUAAGGAUGCAAAAGAAGCUAAUUUAUCUACAAAAGCAAAUUUGUACAAUUUAAGCAUGAGUUGGGAUAUUAGGGCAUAUGGAUUUGAAUCAGAAAAAAAUUUGGAUGAAAAAGUGCUUGAAGCCCUCAGACCACACCCCAAUCUGAAAUCAUUAAAGCUCACUGGCUUCAGAGGUUUUCAUUUCCCAAAUUGGAUGAAUGCUUCAGUUUUGAAAAAUGUUGUCUCUAUUGAAAUUGGAUGUGAAAACUGCUCGUGUUUACCACCCUUUGGGGAGCUGCCUUGUCUAGAAACUCUAAAGUUAUACAACGGGUCUGCGGAGGUGGAGUAUAUUGAAGAGGAUAAUGGUCAUUCUGGAUUCCCCACAAUAAGAUUCCCGUACUUGAAACGACUUGCUAUAGAAAGGUUUCCCAAUCUGAAAGGAUUGUUGAGAACGGUAGGAGAAGAUCAAUUCUCCAUGCUUGAAGAAAUGGAGAUUUGGCAUUGUCCUAUGUUUGUUUUUCCAACCCUGUCUUCUGUCAAGAAAUUAGAUGUCUGGGGCAAAUUAGAUGCAACAAGUUUUAGCUCCAUAUCUAAGCUUAGCACUCUUACUUCCCUCUCUAUUGACCAUAACCUUGAAGUAACUACACUCCCAGAACAAAUGUUCAAACUUGCGAAUCUUGAGUCCUUGAGUAUUAUAUACUUCAAAAAACUCAGACAGUUGCCUAGCAGCCUGGCUAGUCUCAAUGCUUUGAAGCGUCUGGAAAUUCGUUAUUGUUACGCACUAGAGAGUCUCCUCGAGCAAGGAAUGGAAGGUUUAACUUCCCUCACCGACUUAUAUGUUCAAAACUGUAAGAUGCUAAAAUCUUUACCCGAGGGAUUGCAGCACAAAACAGCCCUCACAAGUCUACAAGUUUAUGGCUGCCCAGCAAUGAUAAAGCGGUGUGAGAACGGGAUGGGAGAGGACUGGCACAAAAUUGCUCACAUUCCAAAUGUGGAUAUUGGUUAGUCUUGAUCUGUUAUUCUUCUUGAGGUUCUUUGAUGUGUAAAUUUGUGAUUUUCUUUGGGAAAACAUUCAACAGCCAAGGUCUAUUUGUAUUAUACUUGUUAAUGUAAAAUCCAUUCACUCUA